CCCUUAUAAGAACAGCAAGCAGCAUCUCACUUGCCCCUUCGAUUUGCCUGAAUAAGUUGCCCUGAGAAUUAAAAUCACAGCUGUCGAUGACAAAGGCAAUGCUCCUGAUCUCUGUGGUGGCACUGACCUGGCUGGUCCUCGUGAAGGCUUUCUCCGCAGCGCUGGAUCCGGCCCUGGAUGCAGCCUGGAGAGACUGGAAAGGUGUCUAUGAGAAAGUAUAUCUUGAGGGGGAAGAUGCCUUUCGGAGGGCCGUCUGGGAGGAGAAUCUCCAGAUGAUCACACGGCACAACCGUGAGGCGUCCUGGGGGAAGCACGCCUAUCGGCUGGGCAUGAACCAUCUUGGCGAUAUGACAAACGAAGAGUUUCGCCAGAGGCUGACCGGCUUCCAUCCUGACCUGGGUGAGCUGCACGACUCUGUGAACGUGACAUGGUUCCACGGAUCAGCCCCUCUGCAGACUCCCAAGAGCAUGGACUGGCGUUCCAAAGGAUACGUCACCCCAGUGAAGGACCAGGGCAGCUGUGGUUCUUGCUGGGCCUUCAGUGCCACUGGCGCCCUGGAAGGCCUGCACUUCAAGAAGACGGGGAAGCUGGUCUCUCUGAGUGAACAGAAUCUCGUCGACUGCUCUAGCAAGCAGCGCAACAAGGGGUGCCAAGGGGGAAACGCCACUUGGGCCCUUGACUAUGUGUUGGCAAACGGGGGCAUCAACUCGGAGCAUUCAUACCCUUACAUGGGAGAGGCCGGCAAGUGUCGUUACAACUCGGGGAAAAUUGCAGCAAAGUGCUCUUCAGUGAAAAUGAUCCUGAAGGGGAAAGAGGACACCCUGGAACAAGCGGUGGCAAAUACUGGCCCUGUUGCCGUUGCCGUGGAUUCGAAGAGCAUGCAAUUCCAGUUUUACAAGUCAGGCAUUUUUUCCUGUCCUUGGCGUGGCAGCAAGUUGAACCACGCCAUGUUGGUGGUCGGUUACGGCAGCUUUCCAGAAGGCGAAAAAGGAAAAGGUUAUUGGAUCCUGAAAAACAGCUGGUCUCAAAAAUGGGGCGAAAACGGCUACAUGCGGCUGGCGAAGGGCACCAAUUCGUGCGGCAUAGCAGAUAGCGUGAGCUACCCCAUCCUGUAAAACCAGUCGAGGGGACGGGAUGGUGUGGCUCCCAUCAUCCUGAUAGUUCUGAGCCACGAACUGUCGCCAUCUCGACUGCCCAGAUGAAGUUCCAGACCGGAUUUGAAAUCUAGGGAACGCUUGCAGGAAAUUGAUGAAGCUACUGCGUUCUGGGGGGGGGGGGGAACAGAGUAAAAAGAAGAUAUUGCUGACUUGGGAGUUCUUCCACUGGAUCAGUGCUUGUUUCUGCAUGAAUGGAUUCAUUUAAUAUUCAACAAGCGCCUUCUCUGUCCUGUUCUCGACGCCUGCUUAAAAAUGUUUAGGCAAGCCUCCGCAGACAUGUAAUUCUCACUGUGUGUAUUUCUUUUGAAAACAACUUGGUUUUUAAUCUAUAUUUUGAUAAAUCGCAUUACGCCUGCUCGUUGUUAAGCUUGUUUUGAUUGGUGGUUCCUUAAGAUGCUUUGCAUUGUUUUAUGUAAACCACUUCAGAGGUUGUCUGUUUAUUCAGCAGCAUAUAAAUGUUGUUUAAUAAUGUUUUUAGGGGAUGCAAGGCUGUUAUUGCCUCCAGCAUCUGCAUGAUGUCAUUAGCAUUGAAACGCUGGCUUCUGUUUUUCCUUUCAUUUAAUCCCGAUUUACCCUUUGCGGGGAA